GUUUGAGACAAUUAAAAUGAAAAUCACAAAAAUAGGCAAAGAAUCAAACAUUUUGAGAUUGCAUUUCUCAACUGCAUCUCUCGUCUUUUCCCGCGUUUCCUCAGUAACCAAACGGACCAUAAAAUUCAAAGAACCAUAAGUUGAAGCAAAACGUUUGUAAUUGCCUUUGAGAGAGAAAGGAAUUGACAAGAUCUGUGGCAUGUGACUUCCCUUUGAGGCAGUAGAAGUCCAUUGUUGUCUGUAGGAAGCUAAUUUCGACCACUGGUUUCGGAGGUUUCGCUGCGCGGCUGGUCUCCAUAGGCGGAUGACAGAAGGUGGUGGUUGUGGAGAUUUUGGAGCUAGGGCUUUGGAGAUUUGAAGCAGAAGAAGAACAAGAAGAAGUUGCGUCUAGGGUUUCCAUGGUCCGUUCCGCCUAGGAUCAAGCCACGCACAAAACUUGAUCAAUCGACCAACGGGGCCAAACGGUGAAACCGAAACGACGCGUUUCAAAGAGGCUCCCAACGACGCCGUUUGUAGAAAUCCCAUGAGGUUGGGACUUUCUCCGUUUAUCCUUCACCAAAGCCACAGGCACGUCUCAUAGCAGGCACAGAUGAAUAAUAGAAGAGGAAGCCUUUUGGGAAUAGCAAGAUCCUUCCCAUCCGAGCGGUGCCGGAGAAGAUGAAAGCUGCGUCCGUUUUGAUCUCAAUCACUCCAAUGCUAUACUUUUCCCAACGUUUUUAGCUUGCGUUUUUAGCAACGUCAAAAAAAUAUUCGAAUCUUAAAUUCGUAAUCAUAAUUAGUAACUGAUCAUUCACUUUUUAUUUUUAUUUUUAUUUUUUAUUUAUUUUUAUGGGUAUUUUAUAUUUGGUUUCUAAAUCUGGUUUCCAUAGCUUAGGUUUUCUAUAAAUAGCACAGGUGGACAUUAGAGGAGAAGCGCUGUUCUUGAUCGAUCUGACCCCUUUUUCUUCUGUUGCUCCACAUACCCAGUGAUUGAAUUUUGAUCAAUCUUUCUUCUUCUUCUUCUUCUUCAGAAUGGGUCGUGGCAAGUUAAAAAUGGAGUUGAUCGCUAAUGAGAAACUUCGAUGCAGAACUUUCCGAAAUAGGCAAAAGGGCUUGAAGAAAAAGCUCCAGGAGUUGUCAACUCUAUGUGAUGUUGAAGCGUGUAUGAUCAUGCAUUGUGAUCAGAAUGGCAAUGGCACCUAUUCUUCUCAGCCUGAUGUUUGGCCUGAAAAUCACUAUGAAGUUCAACGUAUAGUGAACAAGUACAUGAAAGAAGACCAUGGAAAGAGGACGAUGGAUUUAUCUGACAUUCUUGAAAGCAGAAAGAGGAAGGCCGAACUUGAGCUGCAAAAGCUGCGGGAAAAAAAUGGCGAAACCAAAGGGCAGACUUCUGAGACUGGAUUGGAACUGGAUGGGCUUUCCUAUGAAAAUCUGAUGGAAAUAAAUGAUCAAUUGGACAGGAAACUUGAACAUGUGAUGAGUCUGAUUGAUUUGAAGAAGGGAGAAGCGGGCUUGAUGAGUAAGACUCCUGUGAACUCCUCUCAUAUCCCGGGUUUGCCUAUAGCUGAGCAAGCCUUUCAAGGCAUUGAAAUGUUCUUAUAUGAUUUGGAUUUUCCCGAUACAAGUAGUGGAGUGGUUGAAUCUGAUUUGAACCCGAUGAUGAUGAUGAAUAUGGAGAAUAGCGGAUAUCCAGAAUUUGGAAGUGGAAAGGCAUCCAGCAGUGAGCUCCUGCACCACAAUACUCAAUUUCAGGACCCAAUUCAUUGUGAUCCAGCUCAUGGGAUGUUCAAGAAUAACACUGAUCCUUCAACUUCAUAUCAGAAGAUGGGGACUGUUCCUACCAUGCAAGACAUGUCGGUAUCCAAGAAUACGAUGAUGUUUAACACCCAUCCCACAAAUUCCAUGCCGCAGAUGGGGUUGUCUGAGAAUAUGAUGUUCGACAUGGAUCAUAGCAUCUACUCUAUGCAGCAAAUAUCGGCAUAUAGGCAGUACCUCUUGGACGGUUAUUUGUUCUUUCAUUCUUGAUCUUGACUUACUAUUUUGAAGCAUGUAAUUGC